CGCGGGCUUGCCAUCGCCCUCGGUCGCGCUGCACCCGCGCAGUCACGUGCGAUCGACGGGCUUGCUGCCUCAAUGCUCAGGCACCCCUGCGCAGCCCUUCAAGCUUCGGUUCGGCAAUGACCUCAAGUCACCUCAUAUUAUCGUCGCUACCCAAACUUCGACAACGCCCACCGAUCGAAACAAUCCGCCAUCAUGCUCGCCGCACGUGUCUCUCGCGCUACGCCGCGCCUCACCCAGCAGCUGCGCGCUCCCGCCCAGCGUCGCUUCGCCAGCACCAACGAGUUCAUCAAUGAGCGCCAGCACAUCAAGGAGCACGCUCAGGGCACCACCGAGCUGUGGAGGAAGAUUUCCCUCUACGGUGUUGCUCCCUGCCUUCUGCUUGCUGGAGCCAACGCAUACUACCUGUGGAACGAGCACUGGAGCCACUGGGACCACAUGCCUCCUCUGGAGGAGCGCACCGAGUACGCUUACCAGAACAUCCGCACCAAGAACUACCAGUGGGGUAACGGCGACAAGACUCUCUUCUGGAACGACGACGUCAACUUCCACCGCAAAGACAAGGUCUAAAGCAGAUUCCGAUCAGCGAAGGACAUUGGUACUAGGCGGAUGUUAGAGAUGCUCUUGGAGCAAACUUUUGAAUGUCCCAACUGGACAUGAAUUUAUAUUCCCUUUGUGCAAGUACGCGUGCGGUGUCAACAUCUUCUCGUGAAUACUCUAUGUGAACUUUCGUCACGCUAUGGGGAGGAAAGAUGUGUGAAAUGACUCGAGGAUGUAUCAAUUGAUAUUGGCACGCAGUUCCAUGCACAAAAGCCCGGCCAACUCUGGUGUGGAUGCUGUCUCGGCAUCACAGCACUGAGUUCUGAUGUAUGACUUAAAUUGGCAAGGCAAAAAAAUGUUUAUUUUAAUUUCAAUACUGCCUUCUAGUCUAGCAUUGCC